AUAAGUCACAUUGCCGCCCUUUUCUUUCUCUUCAGCUCCAUACUACUCUUUUCAUUCUCCUCCUCCUUCUUCUUCUACUACCAAAACUGUAAAGCUUCGUUCAUGGCGGGGAAUUUCGAAGCUUAUCAUGUCCCGCAACAGAGUAGAAGAGACAGGCUUCGAGUCGGCCUUCAAAACAACGAAGAAGAACCCUACUUAUUUUCAUUACGGAACAGCUCUGGUUCCCUCCCUCACCCCGUUCCAUCACCAACCGCUUCCCAAUUUCUCACAUGCCCUCAUGAGCGAGGUCUCAUGAUCAAUGCCUCCUCAUCUUCCUCUCUUCUUACUCCUCGAUCUGCUUUCUCCUUAAGCCCCAGAUCUUCAUCGCUCCAGCCUUCUACCAGUCGGGGCUCGUCCUUUUCCGAAUCAAGAAGUUUUGUUCCCCUCGGUCCGUUCACAGGCUACGCCUCAAUCUUGAACAGAUCGAGGUAUUUGAGGCCUGCGCUGCAAAUUCUAGAGGGAGUUUGCGGUGUGAAUCCCGGAAAUUAUGAUCCGGAAAGGAAAUGUAUAGAUUCUUCUUAUCUUUUGGACGCUUCGAUGGAGAGUUUGAGGGAAACCGAGAUUGUGAAGAAUCCAGUGACCUGCAGCGGUCGAAUAGAGCAUCGAUUCAAGGACUUGCGGCUCGUAUCCAUGCUGGAAGAGGUUUACAAGAGAUACCAGCUAUAUUGCCAACAGAUGCAGUCAGUUGUUGUAUCCUUUGAAGCAGUUGCCGGGCUUGGAAAGGCAGCCCCCUUCAUAUCCUUGGCAUUCAACACCAUAGCAAAGCAUUUUGGGUGCUUGAAGAGUGCCAUUUUGGACCAAAUUGAUCAAUUCACAGGUCAAAACUCAACCUUUACUCAACAUCCCAUUUGGCGAUCCCAAAGGGGACUUCCUGAUCAUGCGGUGGCUGUGCUCAGGACUUGGUUGUUCGAACACUUCCUACACCCCUAUCCUUCUGAUUUGGAGAAACAAAUGUUAGCCCAACAGACAGGUCUAUUAAAGACUCAGGUGUCCAAUUGGUUCAUCAAUGCAAGAGUAAGGCUCUGGAGGCCGAUGGUGGAAGAAAUGCACAUGCUCGAAGAGCGCCAAGCUCAAUUACCAUCAGAAGCUGAGAACCAAAUUACUAGCUUCCCUGCUGAUCAACUGCAUUUUGCAAAUCCACUCCCUUCAGAGAAACUAUCACAAACCACAUCCACCCAAAAUGCACAAGAAAUUCAAUUCAAGCGCAGCAGAAAUGUGUUUUAUCAUGUACCGGAAUGGACUGAGGAUCACAUGAAGCUAUCUAGCAUUAAUUUGUCAAGCAAUUGCCAAAGUGUGCAUGGGAGCAGCACAGGUGAAAGCAGUGGCAUUUCACUAGCACUGGGCCUCAACCCAAAUGACGGAAUCGAUAUGUCUCAGCCCUUCCCAAUCGACAUUUCUUACCAGUUAAAUUUGGAAAAGAGAUAUUGAGAUAAAGAUUUCAAGAAGUAGCUACAAUCACAAAAUUCAUGGUUUUGAAGCAAUGUUAUUGAUUCUGUUGUAUUCACCAAUCCAUUGAGACAGUAGAGUUGACAAUUUUCCUUGAUCAUGAUUAUGAUUGUCCAUGCAUCUUGUGACACAGUCCACAUGUGAGCCACCAUACUGUAAAGAAAAUUUAAUGACAUGUAUGCUAUUUGCAAGAAUGAGUUCAUGUGGUCAAGGAAAAUAUUUUGCGAUUAUUUACAUCGGAGGUAUGUUCUUAUAAA